UUUGCGCCUCAGUCUCAUUUUGUCCUUGUCCAAAGAUACAGCACUUCUGUUGCUGCUGCUGGGACUUUUGCACGAUUCGCGAUUUGUCUCUUUUGCAAAAAUGAGGACGUUAUUUUUGUUAGUGUCUCUAAUUUUCUUGGGAAGUGAGGGGAGCGUCGUGUCGCAGGGGAAGGCCCCCUGGACGCAUCAGUUUCAGCUUGACUCCCCCAAAAUUAAGGUUGAGUGGAGAAGUUUGACUGAAAAUGGGAGUAGCAAUCCCUGGCUGGAGAUGCAAAUUAGCGGCGAAACGAAGGGUGGUUAUAUCGGGUUCGGAUUUAGUGAGAAUGGCGGAAUGAACGGGGCUGACUUAGCGAUUGGAUGGAUUGACGAGAAGGGACAAGUUUUCAUGAAAGAUUUUCAUGGGGUGGGAAAUAACCCGGUGUUGGAUAAGGAGCAGAAUUAUGAAGCUCUUUCGGGAAAAUUGGAAAAUGGGAUUACCACCAUUAAAUUUAGAAGGCAGUGGUUCACCUGUGAUAAGGAUGAUAUCGAAAUCAGGAAUGACACGAUGCGAAUAAUGUGGGCCCUGGGAAGUUCAGUACCCUCCAUAACUGCCGACAACAACGUGACCGGGUUGACCUGGCACGGCCUGAAUACGAGAGGCGUCCAAAGCGUGUUUAUUCACGACACCGCAUUUGCCGACCCCUUUCCAGACGAAGUCCCUGAAAAAUUUCCAGGCGUUAAACAAUGGGAUUUAGUCAUGAAUAAUACAAUUGAUAAAGAACAGACGACUUAUUUCUGCAAAAUUGUCAAGUUUCCUUUCCUUGAGAAGAAACAUCAUAUGAUCGGGUGGAAACCAAUCCUAACACCGGAAAAUCGACCGAACGUGCAUCACAUCACUUUCUACGAGUGCAUGGUUCCACCAGAACAUGGCGGAACGGAGAACCUUUUCGAAAAACACACGAUGCACACGGGAGGACGAUGUUACACGAAGAAUAUGCCCCCAGAAUGGACCAAGCACUGCGUCACUUUCUUAUUCGUGUGGGUAGCCGGUGGGGAAGGUGAAAUGUUCCCACAACACGUUGGCUCACCGUUGGGCGAACCACACGGCGGGGCGACUUACUUCAUGAUGGAGGUUCAUUAUGAUAACCCGACCAGAAAAGUUUUUCACGACAAGUCUGGCGUGAGGAUAUUCUACACGGACAAGUUGAGAGAAAACGAUGGGUCCGUGAUGUUGAUGGGGUACAGGAUCACACCGUUUCUUCUCCUGCCUCCAAAACAGCCAAACUUUGUAAUGCACGGAAUCUGCUCGUCCGAGUGUACGGAACAGGCCCUGCCCCCAACAGGAAUCAAAGUUAUCAACACACUCCUCCACGGACAUUUGAGCAUGAGGAAAUUGAGACUUCGUCACUUCCGAGGGGGCAAAGAACUCCCACUGAUUGCUAAAGACGAUUACUAUGAUUUCAACUACCAACAAAGCCGAACUCUUCAAGAGGAGAUUACCGUCCUUCCUGGAGACGAAUUAAUCACAGAAUGCGAAUAUGAAACCACUCAAAAUAAUCGAAUGGUUUUGGGAGGAUUGUCCACCACGCAGGAAAUGUGUCAAACCUUUUUCAUCUACUAUCCCCGCAUAAAUCUUAUGCAGUGCACGUCACAGUAUGAAUUCACCGAGUUUUUCAAACCCCUCGGAAUUCGAGAGGUUAACGGAACCGUGUUGAAGCAAAUUAAGAUGCCGUACAACCCAUCGGGCGAAUUCGACCCACCCGAUGACGCCAAGGAGUUGGAGGAGAGCGGCGAAGGCGACGACUUCCACAGUCUGUAUGACCACAUUAACAUCGUCGACACGGGAAAAUCUGUGGCGCAACAGAUCAAAGAAAUGAACUGGACGGACACCACGAUUGCGAAAAAGAUUGAGAAGCAGUGGCAGCAUGGGAGACAUUACGCAUACUGUACGGGACAUGGGAGGAAGCGGUAUCCAUUAAAGAAAUAUAUCAUGGAUUACCCAACUAUUUCGAAGCCUGCAGAGAAGGAGGACCCAUUCUGCAAAGCGAAACAGAGUCUUGAAUAAUUUGAUGAGCUCUUCGAUACACGGUUUUAUAAAAUAUGUACUUAUCGGUCUUUGAUUAUCUUUUAUGAUUUGGGAUAAUAUGUAUACGUAAUUUGUAAUAAAAUGAAAUAAAAAGCUGGACUUGAUAAAAUUAUA